AUGGCGAGAAACAUACUCCUUAUCAACGGCCCAAAUUUGAAUCUCCUCGGGAUCCGGGAACCGCACAUCUACGGGUGCACCUCACUUGCCGACAUCGAAACCCGUGCACAAACGCAAUGUCGCACCCUCAGCAUCCAACUUUCGACUUAUCAAUCAAACCAUGAAGGAGAAAUAAUUGAUCGAAUUCAUAAUGCCCGAGAAGACGGUGUCGAGGCGAUUAUAAUCAAUCCCGGGGGGCUGACGCACACGAGUAUAUCCCUACGCGACGCAUUGUCUGGUGUGAGUAUCCCAUUCGUGGAGAUACACGUUACAAACACUCAUGCAAGAGAGGCAUGGCGACAUCAUAGCUAUCUAAGCGAAAAGGCUGUCGCUGUGAUCAUUGGCAUGGGGGUUUUUGGAUAUUCCGCAGCAAUCGAGUUCCUAGCGAAAGGCUUCACGGAGAAGAAACCGCGGGAAGCGGAAAAUGGUACACAGUAG